CAGGCUGUGAGCAAAAGAGGGCAGAGGGAACGGAGAAUGAAGGGUUGGCGAGAAAGGGAUCAGAUUGGCUAUGGUUAUGAUUGGCAUUAAAACACAAAACAUGGCUUGCAGACCGUAAUCAGAAUACCCCGGGCUUUGUCGCAGCACCUUAGAUGCAUGUCUCUUGUGAUAACGUGCCUCGCGAGGAAAAAGGACACCGAGAAGGACAAGCGGACAACGGCUUGAUUGACCGAAGUCAGUAAUCUGUAGUCAGUCUCUAUAGGUUGGUGACAACAAUGCGCAGGGAAUCCUCCCAGGACCAGACAGCUGACCCCGCACUGCCCUCGCUGAUAGAGAUAUACUGUUGAAAACAAGAUGCAAGAAGUGGGGGCACACAUCUGAAGGUGACAUGAAACAGGGGAUUACCAAGAAAACGCACUAUUUUCGCAAUAGCUGGAGAUAACAACUGAAAACUUCAAUCCGAAAGGCUUUCGAAGACGUCGUGGUGUCAUUCGCAUGGUGUUACUCUGGAUCCGAUCUCCAGUUUCAAGAGAAAAUUGUAAUUAAUUAUUGAACGCAUAUAUUUACAAAAAAAUAAUAUAUACAUUUAAAGUCGGAACCAUGGCGACGUUAAUCCGAAGCAAGAUUUCCAAUAAGCUAUCCAAUGCGGCUAAUACGGUGUCCAAUAAGUCACAGGCUAAGGUGAGCGGGAUGUUCGCCAGAAUGGGCUUCCAGGCCGCCACCGACGAAGAGGCGCUGGGUUUCGCUGCCUGCGAUGAUUUGGAUUAUGACCACAGACAAGGACUGCAGAUGGACAUUCUCAAGACCGACGAGGUAGGAGGAGAGGGCGGUGGAGACCUGGGCGACGGCACCAUCGAAGGGGACAGCCAUUACCAGAGAGACGGCACUGGUCCCCCGCCUUCCUCUUCCAAAGACGGUGGGGUAUGCGACGAGUUGGCCGGCCAAGACAAACCCAGAAUCACAGCCUGGGAAGCAGGCUGGAACGUUACCAACGCGAUUCAGGGGAUGUUCGUACUGGGGCUGCCCUAUGCCAUACUCCAUGGUGGAUACCUCGGAUUGUUCCUCAUCAUAUUCGCUGCAGUCGUCUGCUGUUACACUGGGAAAAUCUUAAUCGCCUGCCUGUACGAAGAGAAUGAGGAUGGAGAGCUGGUGCGUGUGAGGGACUCUUACGUGGACAUCGCCAAUGCUUGCUGUGCACCGAGGUUCCCCAGUCUAGGCGGCAGGGUGGUGAACGUGGCCCAGAUAAUUGAGCUGGUGAUGACCUGCAUCCUAUACGUGGUGGUCAGUGGAAAUCUCAUGUACAACAGCUUCCCCAGCCUUCCCGUGUCGCAAAAAUCCUGGGCCAUCAUCGCCACGGCCGCGCUCUUGCCGUGUGCCUUUCUCAAGAACCUUAAGGCUGUUUCCAAAUUCAGCUUACUCUGCACACUGGCCCAUUUCGUCAUCAAUAUCCUUGUCAUAGCUUAUUGCCUAUCCAGGGCCCGAGACUGGGCCUGGGAUAAGGUCAAGUUCUACAUCGACGUCAAGAAAUUCCCCAUCUCCAUCGGGAUCAUUGUGUUCAGCUACACGUCACAGAUCUUCCUGCCAUCACUGGAGGGGAACAUGCAGAAGCCCAGCGAGUUCCACUGCAUGAUGAACUGGACCCACAUCGCAGCCUGCGUCCUCAAGGGCCUGUUUGCCCUCGUGGCUUACCUGACCUGGGCAGAUGAAACCAAGGAGGUCAUCACAGACAACCUGCCGUCAACUAUACGGGCUGUGGUGAACCUUUUCCUGGUGGCAAAGGCACUGCUGUCGUACCCGCUGCCGUUCUUCGCCGCGGUGGAGGUCCUGGAGAAAUCCCUCUUCCAGGAUGGUGGGCGAGCAGUCUUCCCAGAUUGCUAUGGCGGCGAUGGACGCCUGAAGGCCUGGGGUCUCUCGCUUCGGUGUGGCUUGGUGGUCUUCACGUUGCUCAUGGCCAUUUAUGUUCCACACUUCGCGCUCCUGAUGGGUCUCACCGGAAGCCUGACAGGAGCCGGCUUGUGCUUUCUGCUUCCCAGCCUCUUUCAUCUGAAGCUUCUCUGGAGGAAGCUACUGUGGCACCAAGUCUUCUUCGAUGUCGCUAUAUUUGUAAUAGGGGGUAUAUGCAGCAUUUCUGGCUUCAUUCAUUCAAUGGAGGGCCUCAUAGAGGCAUACAAGUAUAAUAUACAUGAUUAACAAGGACUGGUUGAAAACAUCACUGAAAAUAACGCUAUCACAGGUUUGCGCCCCUCAUGUGCUGAACCCCCACGGCAAUUCACAAGUGGCACACGCAAAUUCGCACACAAACAUGCACAAUACCUAUAAAAAAUGAUUCUCCUUGAAUUUUCUGUUGAGUAAAGGGUUUACAACUAAGGAAUGCAAAAUGUGAAACGUGCUUAUGAAACUACACUUUGGAACAGGCAUUGUUCAUCUUUGCAUCGUCAUAUUAGUUGUUAUUUUCAUGAAACAUUCUACCUGAUGCAGCACUGAACUGUGAAAGUUGAGAAAAAAAUGAUGUCACAAGUCACAUGAUGCUAUAUUAUAAUUAAAUGGGCUUUGACAUAGUGGUAACUUUCUGAUCUUUAGACUCAAAUAGAGAUCAGAUUUGUGUUAAUAUGAUUUCCAAGUCAUUUGGGUUUUUGUACUUCCCAAAUCGAAAUUAAGGCAAUAAAAUCAGACAGGCAAGAUUAUUCUAUAUUAAUGCAAGUUACAGAUGUAUUUAUAAAGAGGCUGAAGAUUUGAGAAGGCCAUCAUAUUUGUAAAUAAUAAUUUUGAAAAUUGUAAGGAAAAUUACAUAGAUGGUUGUUGAUCUUUUCUUCUAAAAAAGUUGCGAUUGUCAAGCCCUUCAGACCAGAAAUAUAGAAUAAAUAAAUUAGCCAAAUGAGAGAUAAAACUGAAUUCAUUGAUUUUAGAAUGUUACAUAGCUCAAUAGUGCAAUCUGUCCUUCUGAUAAUUGUAACGAGGACCAUAAUCAUUGCACGUUAUUUUUAUUAAGAGGAAAUAAUGUAGACAAACGUGAACUAUGCAUCUUCAAUCUUCAUGUAUUUCAAACUAAUCUGAAAAAUAUCCAGCAGGAAACCAAUCAACACCCAGAAUUUUACUUAGUGUAAAGUACUGGAAAAAACAGUAGUAAAUUCUUUUGAUUGUCAAACCUAAAAAAAUGAAUAAGUUUAAUUUUUAAAUAAGUAUAUAAACAAUGAAGCAACUAACAAAAGAAUAUAUGAUGAUAUAAUUAAUACUAGACAAUAUGCAUUCAAUAGGCUAUAUUAUUGAAGGAUUAUUGCACCCCUUUCGCCCCAGGUGGAAAAAGAAGAAAUUUAAAACAGAGGAAGUAUUUUAAAACAUUUAAUAACUUAUGAGAACCUUAAGAUAAAAGAAUUUUAUCAUAAAUUCAUAAACUCGUCUAUGAAUACAAUGUCCUAUCCGACAUAUAUUCUCGCACCAGUUCCGUAUGCAUUUUUCCAGUCAACAAGAUGAACUUAAAUAUUUAAUGUUCCGUAAUUCAAUUGUUUGGGUCAUAAAUUCUGAAGUUUAAUUUUUAAAAUGAAGAAAUGAGGACAUUUUUUCAUUCUGUGCAAUCCAACAGGUCCUGUGGAAUUGUUAUAAGCCGUAUGUGUAGUGUUAUUGUGGUUUCAAAAAGAUGGAAUGUAUAUCACAAAAAUCGUAAACAUAUAUUGUGAAAAUAAAUAUAUUGAAAAAUAAACGUGAACUAAUAUUGUA